AUGCAGCGUACACUCUAUCGUACGGUGACACGGAAAGAAAUGCAACAUGCUGGUGCGAAAAAAGAAGGUAUUGUCGCUGUACAAGGUGAUUUGACUGAUGAGCACGUUCAAAAAAAGCUCAUCGAUGUUACCAUCGAAACUUUCGGCAAAAUUGACAUAUUGGUUAACAAUGCAGGUGGCACAGCUCCGUCGAACACAUUGACACAUGGAUUCGAUCAGUCUAUGGAGGCCUACGACUACGUCAUGAAUCUUAACACUAGAGUACGCCAUCGUUUCCUUACUACAGCAUGUCAAAAGCAGCUCUUGAUCAAGCUCACCAGGGCACUGGCUGCCAAGUACAUCCUGGAAGGAGUAAGAGUCAAUUCAGUAAAUCCUGGUAUGGUUGCAACCACUAUCAUGCAGAAACAAGGUCUUUCUGAAGAAAAAUCGAGAAAGGCUGAGAUCGCUAUAGCGUCAAACACGACUCUUGUGCCUGCAGGUCGGGUUGGAGCAUCCCGUGAUAUUGCCGAAGCUAUCGCAUUUCUAGCUGAUCGCCGUGCUUCAUCUUUCAUUGUAGGGCACUCGCUCGUCGUGGAUGGUGGAUCUUCCAUUAUGUGUCCUCUUUUUGCUAUGAGUAUGGAUGAAACGCGCAACUAA